CUUCCAUUCAGCGACCGCGUUGGUCGAUGUUCACCUUGCGACAAUGUCCAAGCAUCGUUCGUGGAUACGCGUCUGUCGCUAAAAGGCUUCAGAAAAUCGCUUAUAAGCUCCAGCCACCUCCACCUCUACUACCGUGGCAGGAAAACGCGAUCGCAUCCUUCAAGGAGGUCGUGGAUAAUGGCGAAGAAAGGAAGCUGUUGUUCAAUAUUCAAACUCAAAUGGAAAUGACGCACAUUUUGAGAGAACUGCCCCAACACAUUCCUCGGACCGAUGAGAAGAAUACCAUCCUGGUAUUAUCUAUCGCGGAGAAGCGGAUGUUUGAAGUAUUCAAAAUGCUGGAAACACGAUAUCCGGACUGGAAGGUUGUAUGGGAAGGUCCACACGGGAGACCGAUGGCCCCUGCGAAUGCAGACUUGAUGUUAACGACAGUAAGGGGAUUUACCAAGGAGGAGUGUUUCAAGAAACUUCUAAAUUCGCGUGUACAAGCUAUCAUUCUCGACGAAGCCCAGCAUGGCGCGAAAUCAUUUUGGGACCGGCUUUCAUGGCGAUUCAGUGCCAACGAUCCCUUCCCCUGGGUCAUUGGUCUGACAUCCUUGCAUCCCAAGCAACUUCAAGCCCCCAUGGAAAUGAACGCGCACUUCAAAUCCCCCUUUUUCAGACACGAUCUACUCGACGAAUGCAAGGAAAAAUGGACGCCCGAAGUGCGAUUUAGUACCGUACCGACGCACAUAGGUUUGACGGGGCUUGAAUCCUGGAGAUCAAAGUUCAGAACAGAGGAACUCUCCCCACUGAUGUCGGCGCCCGGCGUCAUCUCGACCAUUGUGAACGCAUGGGCAGAACGCUCUGCUUCGAGGAAGUCGACCAUCGUACAAUGUGUGGACUCGUCUCAUUCGCAGGCGCUGGUGGAUACUUUCAAAGAGCACCAAGUCGACGCUAGGGUCCUCGGAGAACAGGGUGAAAACUUGGAAGCUUUUAGAUCAGGCGAAUUUCCUGUCCUUCUUGUUGAAGAUGCACAGACAGUUACAAAUGCUAAUCAUGUUGACAUGGUAAUUCUCGCUAACCCAGUCACUGCCCCAACUAGCUUUCACCGGAUGUAUUCAAUGGGCACAAUGGCAUCUCCCGAAUCAGGCAAAACGGACUGUCAUGUGGUGGAGAUUGUCGACACAGCACGUAAACAAACUGGUGGCCUACAGUGGGUCCCAAGCCCUAUAGCAUAUACACUGCAUACCUGGACAAGAUUGGACCCAGACCAGCAGUUAACUAAUGCCUCUAUCGAUGAUAUCAGGGACCUUAUAGGAGGACCCUCCUACGCCACAUUGCCGAAGCCCAAAACUCUGCUUCAGAGAAGACGAGAACGAGCACAGAAAAUUCAGGAGCUCCAACAAGAUAUUUCCGUAACGGAAAGCGGCGAGCGUUCUCCACCGGAUGACUUAACCCCCGUAUCAGACGACGACAUUACUGAAACUGAUCUGCAACGAGACCUCAGAGUUCUUAACUCUAUGAAGGAGGUUACGUGGUUCCACUGCGGUAGAUUUGUGUAUGUUUCUGAUUUGGGCGAACGGGGCUAUAUCGUAAUCGCUGCAAUCAACCCGAACGAUAAUCUUCUGCAGCGUCGAUAUCGUGCUAUCCAUGAUCCUCAUCCCCUCGACGGUGGCGCCAUUCUCCAAAUUGCUAGCAAACGGGCAGAUAUUCUCCUCAAUCUAGUCAAUUUAACACCUGAAGAAGGCGUUUCACUCACCAAAGUAAAGAGCGUCGCUUGGAACUACAUUACCGUGGCCAUGAAGAUAAGAUCGACCACUCUGAGAUCAUGGCAACGGAUGGGCCUUUCCUCUCGACAAACGACAGCUAUCAAGCGCCUUUGGCCGGUGGAAAGGAUUGAUAAUGUCCGCUUCCGGGGAGAAGGGAUACCCAGGGAUGAAUUUCUGACUUGGAUGUCUCGCCUCAACGGGUCAUCUCUGUUGGCUUGUCUACGAAGCGGUAUUCCUGAUGAGGAGUAUGCCUUUUUAUCCGAGCAAACGAUUUUACAGGUUGCAAACAGGAUGCGAAAGGGAUCGAGGAAGUGGGACAUCGUUCGAACCGUGAGGGUUCUCAAAAGAGAGACUAAACGGAGAAGGAAGGAAAUGAAGAAGAAACGUCUGAAAGAGAAGAGAGAAGCUCAAAGAGAACGUGCUUCGAAGGCAAAAAAGUAGCUGCUCAUCUUACUAGUUGUUCUUCGCCUUGAAGAGGUAGUGACCAACGCCCCAUUGUUGUCCAUUGUCCAUAUUGAACAGCUCGGAGCACGCCAUGUAGAACACGCGGAACCUGUACAGCCUUGCGUUUAGCUGGGAUUUGUGUAUUCACGCCAAAGUUUAGACCUAUAAAAAGCCUUGACUCCUUCAAUUGGAU